UUUUUCAGAUGGUCCCACGAGGAGUCUUGGGGCUUCGAAUCUGUCCCACCGCUCAGCGGUACAUAUCAACAUCUGCUGCUUCACUGGGAGGUGUCCCUACACAUAUGGGGCCACCAAGUGAUCCAAAUGCUUCAUCCAGCUACCUCAGCUAUUUAUCCGGAGCCAUUAACACUGUUCUCGCUAAGACCUCUGCAGCGACAUCGGCACUCGGCUUGACUUCAGAACAGAGUGGACCAUCGGAAACGAAGGUAACGGAAACCACUAUAGUUGGUGUACCCGUCAAAGCAAAAUUCUCGAAGCACACCUUCAAAAAGCGGAUAUCAAGGACUGAAGUUACCAACAAAACUAGAGCAUUAGUUCAAAAAAUAUUGCUCGCUGAGGCUUCAAGUUCUAGGCUUCUUCGGAUUCAAGAGCUUAGCUCGCACAUAAUAGCAUUUCCGCCAACUAGGAUCAUUGCUGCUCAGGACCCUUAUCUCAUUGCCAAUCUUCUAAAAAUUGUCACUUCCGAAUACACCGCUGCAGAACUUCGAGCCGAAGCCAGGCAGUGUCUCACCCUUUGCGGAUGCCAACCACCAGUAAAAAGCAGGGGUGUGAACCUGUUGAGCAUAGAUGGUGGAGGCACGCGGGGUAUGAUGGCUCUCGAAGUGUUGCAGGAGCUGGAGAGAAUUUCGGGUAAAAAGAUUUGUGAGCUGUUUGACUACGUCAUCGGAGUGAGUACAGGCAGUAUAAUUGCUAGUUUACUAGUUGCGAAAGGUUUCACAAUCGACGAAUGUCGCGAAGUUUACUUGGAUGUAUCUAGAAGACUUUUCUCGCAGAACAGGCUAACUGGCGUAAGUGGUAUCGUCUUCAGUCACUCUUACUAUGACACUAAGAAGUGGGUUAAAUUACUGAAAGAGGUUAUUGGCGAAGGCUUACCUUUAAUUGGAACAAGCAAAACCUGUGUCCCUCGACUUGCUAUAAUUGCCUCCGUAGUGAAUUCGCCCGUCUUGCAGCCGUAUGUAUUCCGAAAUUACGAACCUCCAGCGGGUAGGGAUUCGCAUUACGUAGGCAGCACCGCUUAUGAAGUGUGGCAGGCUAUACAGGCGUCUGCGGCUGCACCGCUAUAUUUCGAAGAAGUUGCACUUGGAAAUUUUCUGUUGCAAGAUGGUGGUGUUAUUGCUAAUAAUCCUACUGCGAUUGGAGUACAUGAGGCGAAACUGCUUUGGCCUCAAGAACGCUUCCACUGUGUAGUGUCAGUUGGCAAUGGGCGAACGGUUAUGGACUUCGAAAGAGAGGAAGAAGCUGCAAAACCAGCCAGUUUGAGUUCUCUGCAAAAGUUUAACAGAAUUGUGGAUAGCGCGACCAAUACAGAAGCUGUACAUAUGUGUAUGCAUGAUCUCCUCGAUGAAGAUGUUUAUUAUAGGUUGAAUCCAUACAUGACAUAUCCCUAUGGACUUGAUGAGAUAAACCCGAAGAAACUUGCACAAAUGUCAAACGAUGCGAAGUUGUACGUUCGGCGUAAUAAUGCAAAGAUUGAGGAGGCAGCUGCGAGACUAUUGGAGAAGCCUACAUACAUCCAACGAAGCAUGCGUUGGUUUGAUGAAUGGAAGGAUAUUCGAGGAUGGUAUUCUCCUCGCUAGAGUAUGGAACUCAGGUCAUUCUCAGGCGUAGUGUUGCAUAUAGAACUUUGUUCCGGUGCCUUUUCAGAUUCUGAUCAGCUUGAUGUAAAACUCCUUUAAUUCCCCAUGUUAAUAAUAAUAAUGUACAAAUGCAGUAGAACUGCUUAUGUCUCUUGUAUUGGAAGCUAGUUUUAGCUCGGUUCUGUAGAAAUUGUGAAUGGUUAGUGCUUUACCUAAUAUCUAUCUAGAUCUGCCAAACUUAUCUCUACUGUCUUAAUAAUUUCGCCAUAGCUUCAUUUGUCUUUCUUACUGUUCUCUGUCUCCAUCAGCCAAAUACCGGUGUCACGUUUUGUCUAUCAGUAAAACUGACAUAAAGUAUUCAAGAG